CUUUUGCAUGUCCCUCAUUGCAUCAUCUUCUGUCCGUCGCGGUUCUGAAAGGCUGGGCUCGGCGCGAUCCACGAUCCACUCAGCCCGGGACAACAGCCUGCUCUCCUGUGUCUCUCCUGGCCCUCCCCGCACCUCCUCCAGCGCCCAGGCCAGGAGACCCCCGCGGGCCGGCUCCCAGAACCCGCUGUGCACAGCUAGCAGACUUCGCCAGUUCCGCCUGAUCCGUUCAUUGAGAGCCGUGUCUUUUCCCCGAGCCCAAGUCCCCAGCGUCCUCCAGCUCGGAGCCGCAGGCAGUGCCAUGGAGAAGAGCAGCGAGACCAACGGCUACCUAGACAGCGCCCAGGCGGGGCCUGCAGCAGGGCCUGGCUCACCCGGGACCACUGCGGGACGCGCGAGGCGCUGCGCCUGCUUCCUGCGGCGCCACGCGCUGGUGCUGCUCACAGUAUCUGGGGUGGUGGCGGGUGCUGGCCUGGGCGCGGCCCUGCGGGGGCUCAGGCUGAACCGCACUCAGAUCACCUACCUGGCCUUUCCGGGUGAGAUGCUGCUCCGCAUGCUGCGCAUGAUCAUCCUGCCGCUGGUGGUCUGCAGCCUGGUGUCGGGCGCCGCCUCCCUAGACGCCAGCUCUCUCGGGCGCCUAGGCGGCAUAGCCAUCGCCUACUUUGGCCUCACCACGCUAGGUGCCUCCGCUCUCGCUGUCGCUUUGGCGUUCAUCAUCAAGCCUGGAUCUGGCGCGCAGACCCUUCAGUCCAGCGACUUGGGUCUGGAGGAGUCGGGACCUCCUCCGAUCCCGAAAGAAACAGUGGACUCUUUCCUAGACCUGGCCAGAAACCUGUUUCCUUCAAAUCUUGUGGUUGCAGCUUUCCGUACGUAUGCAACUGACUAUAGAGAGGUGACCCACAACACGAGCACUGGAAACAUAACCCUUGAAAAGAUUCCCAUUGGCACUGAGAUUGAAGGGAUGAACAUUUUGGGAUUGGUCCUUUUUGCCCUGGUGUUAGGAGUGGCCCUGAAGAAACUCGGCUCCGAAGGAGAAGAGCUCAUUCGUUUUUUCAAUGCCUUUAAUGAGGCGACAAUGGUGCUGGUGUCAUGGAUUAUGUGGUACGUACCUGUGGGCAUCAUGUUCCUGGUUGGAAGUAAGAUUGUGGAAAUGAAGGACAUCAUCGUGCUGGUGACCAGUCUGGGGAAAUAUAUCUUCACAUCUAUAUUGGGCCAUUUCAUUCACGGAGGAAUUGUCCUGCCACUUAUUUAUUUUGUUUUCACAAGAAAAAACCCAUUCAGGUUCCUCCUGGGCCUCGUCACACCAUUUGCAACAGCAUUUGCUACCUGUUCCAGCUCAGCAACCCUUCCCUCCAUGAUGAAGUGCAUUGAAGAAAAUAAUGGUGUAGACAAGAGGAUCAGCAGGUUCAUUCUCCCUAUCGGGGCCACUGUGAACAUGGACGGCGCAGCCAUCUUCCAGUGCGUGGCCGCAGUGUUCAUCGCCCAGCUCAACAACAUCGAGCUGAAGGCAGGACAGAUUUUCACCAUUCUAGUCACGGCUACGGCGUCCAGUGUCGGAGCAGCGGGCGUGCCAGCUGGAGGGGUCCUCACCAUCGCCAUUAUCCUGGAGGCCAUUGGGCUGCCCACUCAGGACCUCUCUCUGAUCCUGGCUGUGGACUGGAUUGUGGACCGCACCACCACGGUGGUGAACGUGGAGGGCGAUGCCCUGGGUGCGGGCAUUCUCCACCACCUGAACCAGAAGGCGAUGAAGAGAGGGGAGCAGGAGCUGAGCGAGGUGAAAGUGGAGGCCGUCCCCAACUGCAAGUCGGAGGAGGAGACGUCGCCCCUGGUGACACACCAGAACCCCGCAGGCCCUGCGGCCAGCGCCCCCGAGUCCAAGGAGUCGGUUCUGUGAUGGGGCUGGGCUUCCAGCUCACCGCCAGGCGUGCCCGCCCCCUCAGUCCCGCCGCUGGGCCCCAGUCACUGCCCUCGCCGACUUUUAGCCUCCCGAGCAAUGCUUUGGCCCAGUCACCAGUUUGAGGAUUACUUCUCGGUGCAGACAUUGGGCUUCCUAGCAGGAACUGGUUCCCGAGGACCAGGACUCUCUGACAUUUGGUUUGACCGUGUCCAGGUGCAACUGUGUGCACCCAGGCUCUGUUCAGAAACACACCCUCAAGCUGUCAGGCUGCGGGAAUAACAGGCUCACAGGUACCUGGGGGUUAAAGCUUGGAAAAUGCACAUGUUAUUCACUGCACCUAAGAAAGCUCAGCAUCAGGUGUUUUCCGGGCAGACCUGGCGGGUGGCAGUCGUCUGUCGCUUUGCCUCGUGAGCUGUAGUAAUUGGAAAAAUUCCCAGAUUCUUAGCCUUGGCUGAAAUUCACUGAGCUGGGACUCAAGGUGUUUAGAGUCCAUGCUACAACUAGGUGUGGCUGGCUUCUGGGUCACUGGGCUGGAGGCGCUGCACGUCAUCAAGUUAGAAAUACUCCAUGGUGUUAGCACUGCUGGGGUUUCUGGUCAGUGGCAUUAAGUAAACAACUACUUUCUGAGGUCAAAGAAAGGAGGGGAGUACCACCUGCAGGGGGAGGGAGGCACACAACAGGACACACACGCACACAUGCUGAUGCCCCCAUUCUCACCCCAGCCCUGGGCAGGUUUUCUGCUUCCACGACCUGGGCCUCUGACAAUGCUGUGGCUUUAUCCCUGCCUGCUGUGAUUUGGUAACAGGCCAGAGAGGGGCCUCCUCCGGGGAGGUGAUGCGGUCAUCACAUUCAGGACCCUUGUUGGUUUAGCAAGAUAUUUAAUCCAACUAGACCCUCCCUGAAAGGCUGCAUUGCAGCAAAAACAAAACAGAAAAUUUGUUAAAACCACAAAUUAGGGGGUGGGGUACCCGCAUUCCCAGGUCCCCCAAUCCCCUGGCUUUGGCUGAUUUCUAGGGUCUUGGCUUCCUUUACCUCUAGUACAUCAGAGUUUAAAAUUAUAAGCCUAACAGUCCGUACAAUACCUGCUGACUCGGUCUGAACCUAGGAGAGGGGGCUUUAUAGAGAAGACCAGUGUUGCCAGUGGUGGCGGUGGGGGACCUACAAGGCACAAGACUGCUGUCUCAUUGUGGCUGAUGGCAUGUGUCCAUGGGGUGACCUGCAGCAAGUCCUGGGACCUCACUUUACCCCAUUUGUAAAAUGGGGCUGAUGUCACCUGCCUCUUACCUACCUCAGAGGGGUUUGGUGAGGCGAACUGAGUGAAUCCAUGAAAACGACCGUUUGGCAUUUCACUUACGGGGUAUCAAGCGUUAACGCCCCCAGUUCUCCUUACUGUUGCUUAGGCGAUACCUACGCUCUCCAGGAGCCUCCUCCUCCUGGGGAGGACACUUUUAUGAGCAGGCUUGCGUGCUGUGAGCAACUUUUAGGUUGUGCAGGAGCAACUUUUAUCAGGUCAAUUGUUCUCUUGGUAUUUUCUCAUUAGCAUCAGAUGCAGCCUCUUCCUAAGGUCCUUCAGUUUUUCAUGAAUUCACUACCCCGCCUCCCACCACACUUUGGGUACCUGACCUCCCUGUGACUCCCAGAGCCAGACACUGGUUCUGCCGUCCCACACCAGCCAUUAAAGCUCCCAAACUUUCAGCCUCGCUCAUUCCCUUGUUUCUCCCACUGCUGUCACCCAGGCCCUGCAGAAGCAGAGCACAUUAUUGUGAUGCGGGUCCCAUCACAAGUACAACGGGUGGGAGGGACAGAAAUAGUGAAAUUCUCCCAUUUUAAAAUUGGGGUGGGGGAUGUGCCUGAGUGAAAGGGAUGGAGAAAAGCCAAGGGGUCCAGAGCAGACUCGGCCCACGGGCAGGCCCCGCUCCCUCCAGCCCUCUUUAACGCAGCUAAGGCACUCCUGUCUCCUGUGAAGCAGGAGUGACCAGGAACUGAGCUGAGAGGUGCCUGGAAACCUUGACCCUCCGGCUUGUUGCUGACACCUUCUGUUUUCCAAGGGGAAACAAUUGCACUGUUGGAUUCCAAACUGCAGAUGAACAUUUCAGGCUUCAGUAGAUCUCUUCCCUUCUUCCACAUGUGUAUUGCACACAUACAUGUGUGUAGCAUCUGUGUGUGUGCGGGUGGGUGUACAUGUGUGUAGCAUUUAUGUGUGUGCGUGUGUAUGUUGUGGCUUCAAUCUAAGUAAGUUUGAAUUGGGACAGAGGUGAACCAAUUGCAGGCUCUCUGGCUGAUUUUCCUGUUUCUAAAGGUGAAUUUCACAAGACGUGGAAACUAGAUCAGACCCAGGAACUGUACAUCCUCUAUCCUGGACCUGGAAAGGCAGUGAGGGGAGUGCAGUGGCCUGGAGAAGGGUGCUUCCUUGUAAAAUCCCGAUGAUGACCCCUCCCCUUCUCCUGGGUUUCUCUCUGUUUUUCGAUCCACAAAAGGGAUCAGACUAGGAACAACCGGCUGGGGAAAACCAUGCUGUCUCAUUGUCUGAAGAUGUCUCCCCGCUCUUCUAGUCUAACAUGUCGUAAAUACUGUUCAUCUCUGACUGUUUUGUAUGUGUGACACUUGCCUUAAAACGUAGCAGGCCUCAAAAAAGAAUACAGCCUUUCUAGUAGGAUCUGCAUGUUCCUUUAUUCCCUUCUUGUGUUUGGAAGUGGCAUUUACUGGUGGAGCUCUUCUCGGGGGUGGCCUGCGGGUGAUGGAAUUGAUUUUUUUUCCAGCUGCUUCUAGCCAACAUGACCCCUGGGGCAGGGUGGGCUGCUGGGGUGGGCAGUGACUGGUGUGGCUUGUGGCAGUGAGAGCUGAGACUCCCAGGCGCCUCCCACUCAACACUGGCAGGGCUCUUGCAAAAAGUGAGUGGUUUGGCCACAUACCUCCAUAAAGUUGUCUUGUUAGGACAACAGGCCUUCAUGGACCUCUACUGUAAGCCCAGAGCCAAGUGGGAGAAUGCCCCAGCAGUAAAAUGGCUGAGGACGUCCCUGCAUGACACAUGGCCCACGCCCCUACCAUCCUCAGCACCACACUUGCCGUUUCUUUUCUGGCAUCUCGUUCUCAGUGACCCCACAUUCCAGCACAAUUAGGGAACUUAGAGGCCUCUUAGGAUGGGAUUAUCCCGCAGGUUCACGCUGGAAGUCUUAGUUUCCGGACCCUGGGGCCUCUGAAGGGAGAGAUCCCUGUUUUCACCAGGACAUUUCCAGCCCUUCAGAUAAUAAGGAAACUAGUUUUACUUUCUGGGCAAGGUCCAAAGGGAUGGGAAGAGAGUCUGCACAGACCCAGGGUCUGAUGGGACCUGUUACUAAUGACAAUUUAAAUCCCCACCUUGGAGUGCGGCUGCCUUGAUUCUUUGUUGUGGAGAGUGUUUGGAGGCUGACGUUAGUAUUCAGUGACUCAGCUUUUCAAUGUAGUCAAAUCAAGAGGGGCAAUUCCAUAAGCCACCUCUUACCAGGGGAGCAGGAAGAGUGCUGAUCUAUCUGCUGGGUCCCCUUAGCCCGCCCAGAGGCACACUGGUGAUGAUGUCCGUGAACGGCAUAGAUGGUGGAGUGAGGAGGAGCAUGCACGGUCUGGGUCCAGUCCCAGCUCUGCCGCUUGCAUGCUGUGUGACCCUGGGCCCAAUACCCUCUCUGUGCCUCAGGCUGCCCAUCUUUAAAAUGGGGAUAAUAAAACGACUGGUGGCAUAGGCGUGUGAAUAUGUGAAAUGCUCAGAAGAGCGCCUGGCACAGGGAAGGUUCUUGGUCAGUGCUGGCUCUCAGAUCAGACACAGGGUGGCAGGAAAGCUUCCCAACCAGCCUGUGGCCCUUUGCAAUGGGCCCGAUGAGUGAUGUGCUCACGUUUAAUCCUUUUCCCCUUGGAGAGACAGAGAGGAAGGCCUAUUUCAGCUUGUAGGCCCCUCUGCGGAUCUGCCGUGCCUAUGUGGGAUGGGAGCAUGCCCGUUUUGAACAUUUGUCCUAAAAAUAUUUGGAUAACUGCUUAAAAGGAACCAGGCCUUGCAAACAAUUGUGAGGCUGCCCUCAAAUGUUCCUGAUUCACAACAGAAGCCCUCUACUCACCUCUCCGCUCUUCAGCUACGUCCUCCCAAGUUGUACUCCGGAUGCAGGUAGCUCCUCUGCCUUCUAGACAGGAAUUUGCUCUCCUGGCCCAAGCUCCACCCCUUUUCCUCAUGUUGGUGGCAGGGUGGGCAGAGGCAGGCUUCUGCUCUGCCUCCCAGUGUCAGGGCCUUCAACCUGCAGGCCCCCCUACUUGGGGGUCUCAGUGGGUGAGUGAGCACAUAGCAAGAGGGACACCUUAAGUCAUUUGAAAGAAAACUUCCCCUUCUCCAAGGAAGACAGCCAGGAGUUCCCGCUAGUUUUUCAUUUUUUCAAAGGGUUGGAAAUGAGUAUCCUAAAAUUUCUCAAAUCAGAGUCUCAAACCCGAGUUAUUUCUUAGGAGCAAUACACACAAGAAUGUUGGACCAGAUUUUCUAGCAGAUUUAGGAUUAUUUGGAGUAAGACACGAGACUGAGAUGAUAGUCUUGGGAUUCUUAGGGUGCUUUGUACAGAUGAAUUUUAUUGAAAUAUAAUCCACACACCAUAAAAUUCACCCCUUUAAAUAAGUGUACAAUUCAGUCGUUUUUAGUAUAUUGACAACAUUGUAUAACCAUCACCACAAUCUAAUUCCAGAAGAUUUUUCAUCAGCCCAAAAAAGAAACCCGGGACCUCUGACAAUUGCUAAUCUACUUUCUGUCUUUAUGGAUUUGCCUAUUCUGGAUAUUUUGUGUAUGUAGAUAGAGAUGUUUUCUUUUACAGAUGCAUCCCAGAUAAAAAGAGAAUUGAUGUUCAAAAUGUAAUCACUGCCCACCUUCCCUCUACUCCCUUUCUCCCCCAACGCACCCACAAAAGAUCCUGUAAGAUCUUCUUAAUCAUUAAAUACUGAUUCAAUC